UUGGGCUGUUCACUUGAUCCAGCAGCGUCUGCAGAGAAUUGAGCUGAGCCCAAGUCAAGUCGGGUGUCCGUGUGCCGCUCAUCUCACAAACUUGAAGAACGGGAACAAGAGAGAAAGUUAUAAUUGUUCAAAAUUCAACUCCCCGAAGAAGGAAAAGAGAAUGGUGAAUCAACAUUCUUCAUCUUCUUCCUCGCUCGGAAUUCCAGUCCUUUUAUUUUUGUUAUUGUUGUUGUUAUCUCCCACAGUUCUCGCCAAGUCUCGUCGCCCAAUCUCUGAUUUUGAGACGAGGCAGAAGAAGAACCAAUGUUAUGCAGAUAUUGAGAGCGGAUUGUGGGGUUGGCAAUGUAAGUCUUCUUUGAUAGCAAAAGAGAAUUGUGCUUUGCGAUGCCUUUCUUCAACUUGUUAUGAGCUUGUCUACGAGAGUGAUCCGCUUGAAGAAGGAGGGAAAGAUCUAGUUAGGGGCCAAGAGUUCAAGUACUGUAUGCACAAGUUAUCUUUGGGAGAGAGCCUUGAGGGUAUCAAGGGUUCAUUUAAUUAUUAAAUAUCUGAGCUAAAAAUGUUGCUUGUAAAGUAAGUUCGUAUGAAGCUGUCCAUUUCUCCAACUCUGGAAAAAGAAGAAAAAAACAGGAUUGAUAAAAGUCAGAGUUCAUUUUCCAAUUCUCCUCUUGCAUGUAGUGGAAUGCUUUGCAGGUUGAGCCGCAAACCAGGUUCAGGCUGUCCAGAAUAUCUGGCAUUAGGGUUCAUACUUUAUCCUUCAUCAAUGAUUGGGAGUUUACCGAAUGCGACAACUUGCAACUAUUUUCUUUAACGUCUGUAAUAGUUACAUUAAUAUGCUUGGACUUUAGUCAAUCUGAAUGAAACCGAGGUCAGCCUAGAAUCCGAAUUUCUCAUGUGCUAGCAUAUUCAGGAGGCUGCUUAUGAAUUUUCAGUAAGAGAAAUCAAACCUUUGUGUAUUAUCCUGAUAGAGAUGAAAGAGAAUGUGUUGCUACUGUUUCAAUAUUAACAUGGAGGUUUAGAGUUUUACUUCAAC